AGCUGAAGGAAAAAGACACACACAAAUCCCGCGAAGGAGACACCUUCUCUGUUAAGCUUCUGAGCCUGUUGGGUCUCGACUCUCCUUUAAAUUUGAUUAUUUUCUCAGCUCUUUUCAUUUUCUUUCUCUUUCUCUUUGUUGGGUUUUUCGUAAAAAAAGGAAAAAGGAUCGAUGGGCCAAAGUCUUGAUUCAAUGAGGCAACCGCAACAAGAACGACAACGUUCCAAAGCCGAGUUGCUCUACGAUGUAGUCGCUGCUGCCGGCAAUGUCGACACCAUUAAGGUUCUCUUCUACGAGGGUGCCAGCCUUGAGUGGAUUGAUAUAGACGGAAAAAAUCCUCUGAUUGUGGCGUGCAUGAACCCCAAUUUGAUUGACUGUGCAAAAACCCUGAUUGAGUUGGGGGCCAAUAUUAAUGCUUACCGUCCUGGUCGUCAUAAUGGUACUCCUUUACAUCACGCUGCAAGAAAAGGCCUGGAAAGGACUGUUGCAUUACUUCUCUCCCAGGGAGCAAAUGCUUUAGUGCGCAAUGAUGAUUGUCAAACCCCACUUGAUGUUGCUAGACUAAAUGGGCAUGCUGAUGUUGUCCGGACACUUGAGAAUCAUAUAUGCUAUUUCUCCGGUUGGGUCCGGGAGAUUUACGGUCCAGGUUUCCUUGGAGCGCUAGCUCCACAUCUGUUAUCAAGAAAAAUUUGGGUUGUAGUUAUUCCUCUCGGCCCCAAUAAUCGUGCAAGGCUUCUAAAGUUGGAGCUUGCUGUAUAUUCUACUUUAGAGGAUGCCCAGCCUUCCAUGGUCAUUUCUCUCUGGAAGUCCCGAAUUGAGAAACCUAAUCUGAAUCAAACAGAUCUGACACUCACUAUAUCUGAUGAUUCUACAAAAUGUCGGCUUAAACUUGCAUCUGCCAUUCAGGGUGAUAAGCAGCAAAUUCCGUCAUUAUAUGCAGCAUGCCAAGGAACUUCUCAGGUUAUGUACCCCUCUGUUAAUCAUGGGACCGAGAAUUCGGUUGCAGCUGCAGAAUUGGCAACUUCGUCAAGUAACUCUGUUCAAUCUGCAUCUGGGGCUACACCAAUGACUCCUAAUUCUCAUCGGACUCCUGAAGAGUCCAACACAAAUGGUUGGGGAAAGUCUGCGAGCAAUGACAGUCACAAUGAGUGGGGUCCAGUUGUUAGACCUUCGAAGGCAAACACUAGAGGAUGGAUGGAUGAACAAACUAAAGAUGACUACAAUGGUUGGAGCGUCAAUGAUUCUAGACCACUUGGAAAUCGAACUAAACAUGCUCAAACUAAUGAGGAAAGUACCUCAACUGGGCACAUUAAUCAAAGCACUUAUGCAUCAGUUCCAUCAGCUCCAUCUGCUCCUCCUAUUCCAGAGGAGCAUUUAUUCGAAGGGCCAAUCCAUUAUCCAUCAAUAGAUCUUUCCACUGAUGUUUCUACUCAACCUUUAGACAAUGAAGCUAAUUCAUCAAAUGGGAAAAAAGAUGGAGGCGAUUCUUCUUCCUCAUGUGUGAUUUGUUGGGAAGCUCCAAUAGAAGGUGCGUGCAUUCCCUGUGGUCAUAUGGCUGGUUGCAUGUCUUGUUUGACUGAAAUCAAAGCCAAAAAAGGUGUUUGUCCAGUAUGCCGAUCCGUUAUGGAUCAGGUAGUAAAAAUCUAUGCUGUUUGAUGAUUAAAAUUUGUAUAUAACAAUCUCAUAUUCUUAUAAAAUUUUGAUUCAUGAGCUAGUUAUUUAACAUUCAAUAAAAGUUUGGUUGCAUAGAACAUCAA